AAUUGUUACACCAGAAAACACUUCCGUUGUAACCAAAAAAAUAAUCCGAUUUAGAAGCGUUUGAGUGUAAUUCCAGUAGCUUUAUGUAGUACUUCGCUAGAUUGCAACGUUUGAUUUAAAAUUUGUUUUACGCGGUACAGUUCUGUGUAGUUUGCUACCAGAUACACGAGUAAGCCACGUUAGAGAAGUCGAAGAGGCUGACUAAAGUCAUGGAGCCGGCGUGCCGCAAAGAUAAACAAAAACAGAAGGACACUCCGAACAGAGGGGACAGAGCCAAACAGAAAUCUGCUCAACAGGAGCUGAAACAGCGACAACGAGCAGAGAUUUAUGCCCUGAAUAAAGUGAUGACAGAGCUGGAGCAGCAGCAGUUCGAGGCUUUCUGCAAGCAGAUGCAGCCCCAGGCAGAAUGAAGCUGCUUCCAGGAGCUCUGUCUUCAUUCACAGGCUGUGACAUCAUCACAGACAGGUGAAAGCAGCUGCCCUGUAUUUUGCCUGUACUGGAUACUAGUGUCCUUCACGCGUGUAUUCGGAAAAUAAAGCUGUUCCGUGUUUCUGUUACACUCACCUAAAAUGACCGUCACAUCCGUUAGGUUACUGAGGGUCCUAAAUGCCUUUGGUUGUGUAUUUUCAGCUGUCGUAGACAUCACUACAUCAUCAACUCUUAAUCUGUGGGGAUACAAAGAAACUUUUUGUACGUUAAAUGGUUGUAUGCAACACAGAUACUGGAUUUCCACAGGCCAUACGACAGGUGUUCCUACUGUUAAAGAGAAUGUCAAAACUGUAUUUUUGUGAAAUCAUACAGUUUCUGUUCAACGUAGGCUACAUCCAGCAAUAAGAAAUGAAUAGCCCACUGUUUUAUAGUUGAAGGCCAUGAGAAAAAGUGCAUCUUUCUUAUUGUUGGAGUUACUGUUUGUUUUAUUCGUGUUAAAACCUCAAAGACAGAUAUAAAUAUAUUAACAUACAAAGUAAGCAAUUUCACACUGUGUAGUAUACUACUACUGAUAUUGCUUGAAAGUAUUAGGGUCACCCUCCAGGGCAAUGCAAACAUCAGCAUUAGUGUGUGUGUGUGUGCGCGUGUGUUAUCGCAGUGUUAUGAUCCUCUGUUUGUGUCAAGAUGGUCUCGGGUGCACAGCCGUGUAAUAUCCUAGUGUUUACAUUCAUACGCAUUUGGUGUGUUUAGCCGAGAGUGGAACGAUUGCCUCCGUUUCGCUGAACCGUCACCAUACGCUGCAUUCCUGCUCUCCGUGGCUGUUGUGUUAUAUUGUUGUUUGUUGCUUUUUCAAAAUUGUAUUUGUCACCUGAAUGAAUGUAUUGAAUGUAUCACACAUUUUACAUGUGACAUGCACUCUAUGACCAAAAGUAUCUGAAUGCCCCUGGGGCUGUUUUUCAUAGUUUGGCCAUGUAGUGUGUAUGUGGACACAAAAGGUUGAAAUUUUUAAGAGCUGUAGAAUUUUUUUUUGUUUGUUUUUUAUUUUCACUUUUAUCAUUUUAAAGUUAUAUUCUGGAAAAUUCCUGCUUCUAAAAAUAAUUUUCAGUCAAAGGUCUGACCAGACAGUGAUGAUUUUUUUUUUUAAAUCCACGACAGCUGUGUGUAAAUUUUGUGGCGGAUUGUGAUAUUUUUCCUAAAGAGCAAUAAAAAAACAAUGCGUACACAUGA